GCCCCGAGGUGUGCAAGGGGAUGGAGAUUGGAGAGCGCAAUUGCCCCUGUCUAUCUGUGCGUGUUCAAAUGAUGUAAUGCAACGGCAUAUGUGUGGGUGAGAAGAGAGAGGGACCAUGUUAUUUUUCUCCGUGGUUAAACUGGAUUUACAGUACCGGGCUCGCGCUGUCCCCAAUUGAGAGGCAUUAUCAUGUACGGCGAUGGAAAGGGCACUGUUUGGGACAGAGUCGGACGCCCCCGACGGGACUGCAUGUGCUACCUCGGACCUCCGACAACUUUGAUGCCCAUCGGGAUGCGGAAGUCUCCCGAUGUGAGUCCCAGACGGCUUUCGGACAUCAGCCCCCAACUGAGACAACUGAAGUAUCUGGUUGUGGACGAGUCUAUCAAAGAGGACACUUUAAAAUCGUCCCGUUCCUUUGAAGACAUUAACAGCGCGUCGAUAGAGGAGCGGAUCUUGAGGAUCACUGGAUACUAUGGCUAUCAGCCUUGGAACGCUGUCUACACCAACAGAGAAGAUCGUCCCAGAGAGAAUGUGGUGGGCAGCACAGCAGACGGCCAGGCGGCAAACGGCGGGGCGCCGGGGGCGGAGCCUGCUACGGGGAGGUGGAGACUUCGUUGCUGCAUCAAAAUCACGGCCGUACAGGUGCGGAAGGCGCUGUGGGGCGUUGCCAUGGUGAUGUGUGUGUGCUCAUCGUGGGCGGGGUCCACCCAGCUCGCCAAGCUCACCUUUAAGCAGUUUGACGCUCCCUUCACCCUCACCUGGUUCGCCACCACCUGGAACUGCCUGUUCUUCCCCCUCUACUACAUCGGACACCUGUGUAAGAGCCCUGAGAGACAGACCCCCAGACAGAGGUUCAGGGAGUGUUGUCGGUUCUUCGGGGACGACGGGCUGACAGCCAAGGUGUUUUUCACUAAGGUGGCUCCGUUUGGCUUGUUGUGGAUCCUCACCAACUACCUGUACCUACAGGCCCUGAGGAAGAUCAACGCCACAGACGUGUCAGCUCUGUUCUGCUGCAACAAGGCCUUCGUAUUCCUGCUCUCUUGGAUCGUACUGAGAGACCGCUUCAUGGGGGUCAGGAUCGUGGCGGCCAUCUUUGCCAUUGCUGGCAUCGUGAUGAUGACGUACGCUGACGGUUUCCACAGCCACUCUGUCAUGGGAGUCACCUUCGUUGUGGCCUCCGCUUCAACGUCUGCACUCUACAAGGUGCUCUUUAAAAUGGUCCUGGGCAGUGCCAAGUUUGGGGAGGCAGCGCUCUUUCUGACGAUCGUCGGCGGGGCUAAUUUUGUGUUCAUCAGCUUUGUGCCAGUCAUCCUGUACUUCACCCAUGUGGAAUACUUUGGUUCUCUUGAGGACAUCCCCUGGUUAUACCUCUGUGGGGUAGCAGGCCUGCUCUUUGCUUUCAAUAUCCUGGUGAACUUUGGCAUUGCCAUCACGUACCCCACAUUAAUCUCCCUGGGCAUCGUCCUGAGUGUCCCUGUCAAUGCCCUGGUUGACCUGUACACGUGUGAGAUCCACUUCAACGCAGUGCGUCUGAUCGCCGUGUUGAUCAUCUGCCUGGGCUUCCUGAUGUUGCUGCUUCCAGAGGACUGGGACCAGUGUUUCAUCCAGCUCCACGCUAAGCUGCAGAGUAAACGGGAGGAACCAGCCGAGGAGGAGGCAGGGCCCGGGUCCAGCCUCAACUGGAGCAGGAGAGCAAGGACCUCCAUGUCUACCUUUACACACUGACCACCGUUAAAUGUGGAGGGAUGGACGGGCGGACACACUGAAACAGACAGCGGCAAACAUGGACACGAAUGGAUGAAUGAACAGAUGGACACACACACACACACACACACACACACACACACACACACACACACACACACACACACACACACACACACACACACACACACACACACACACACACCCCCCCAGUCCACCGUGGACACUUGAUUGCCACGAUGACCUGCAUGGUCGACCUCUGCCCUCCGCCUUCUCUCUCUCUUUCCCCUUCCCUCUCACUAGUUUCUGCCUGGAAACCUUUCUGUUGGUCUGUCGGUCCGUCUGUUCAUUUCACUGCAAAAAGCACUGAUAUCAAUAUUUGUUAAUUUCACAAUCAACAAACAAUGAUUUCCUACUUGACCUCCACCAUAUUAGAAGUCAUCAGAGUUGGUGCAUGGGCUCACGUCAUUUAGCAAUACCUCAAAGUCAUUCCAUUGGACAGAUACAUUUAUUUACAUCAUGCCUGGGAAGACUUGCGAACUUGCCUUUGCUUUUCAAAAGACAAGGAUAGAUUGACAGACAAUUGUUCAAUUUUCUGUCUGUUUUUUGUCAGACUGAUGAUGGACUUUCUGGCUUUAACAUCAUGUUCCCAUCAACCUUCAAGAUCCAAAGAAGAAGAAAACUAGGAGAGGGAGUUCUAGUGGGCAUGUCCCGGUUGUCCCUCAGGUGUCAACAUAAUGGCAAAUACCUGGCUUUAGUGCACUGUAGAUCUCCAUAGCCCAAUUCCAAACAGACCCUAGCCCCUAAACCCUAGCCCCUACUACUUUGGCAGUUCAUGUAGAUCUGAAAAAAUUAGAUAGGUAUAAUCAGUAAGGUAAUGGUUCCAUAUUGUCCUCUAUUAGAUAGGUAUAAUCAGUAAGGUAAUGGUUCCAUAUUGUCCUCUAUUAGAUAGGUAUAAUCAGUAAGGUAAUGGUUCCAUAUUGUCCUCUAUUAGAUAGGUAUAAUCAGUAAGGUAAUGGUUCCAUAUUGUCCUCUAUUAGAUAGGUAUAAUCAGUAAGGUAAUGGUUCCAUAUUGUCCUCUAUUAGAUAGGUAUAAUCAGUAAGGUAAUGAUUCCAUAUUGUCCUCUAUUAGAUAGGUAUAAUCAGUAAGGUAAUGGUUCCAUAUUGUCCUCUAUUAGAUAGGUAUAAUCAGUAAGGUAAUGGUUCCAUAUUGCCCUCUAUUAGAUAGGCAUAAUCAGUAAGGUAACGGUUCCAUAUUGUCCUCAGAAUUUCCACCAUAUUGCUUAUACCUUUUCAAUUCUCUUAGAUCUUCACAACUGCAUAGGGGGUAGAGGGUAGGGGGAAGGGGGCGAUUUGGGAUUAGACGUUAAUUCACAUUUUGGUUGCCCUCCAGCUCAGGAGCCUGUAGAUGUUAGGGUGUGAAGGAAUCUGUCUGGGCUUUUCACUAUCAAUCUGAGCCAUGGAAUGUCUCGCUGUGCCUCCAGCAAAUGAGAAGAGCCAGAGCCAUCUACAGCCACACUGAUUGGCCACCUGCUGUGAUACACUUCCCCCUUAGGUCAGAUCCAGAGCUCCAGCUGGUUCCAGGCUGACACCCUCAGAUCCAGAGCUCCAGUUGGUUCCAGGCUGACACCCUCAGAUCCAGAGCUCCAGCUGGUUCCAGGCUGACACCCUCAGAUCCAGAGCUCCAGCUGGUUCCAGGCUGACACCCUCAGAUCCAGAGCUCCAGCUGGUUCCAGGCUGACACCCUCAGAUCCAGAGCUCCAGCUGGUUCCAGGAUGACACCCUCAGAUCCAGAGCUCCAGCUGGUUCCAGGCUGACACCCUCAGAUCCAGAGCUCCAGCUGGUUCCAGGCUGACACCCUCAGAUCCAGAGCUCCAGCUGGUUCCAGGCUGACACCCUCAGAUCCAGAGCUCCAGCUGGUUCCAGACUGACACCCUCAGAUCCAGAGCUCCAGCUGGUUCCAGGCUGACACCCUCAGAUCCAGAGCUCCAGUUGGUUCCAGGCUGACACCCUCAGAUCCAGAGCUCCAGCUGGUUCCAGGCUGACACCCUCAGAUCCAAAGCUCCAGCUGGUUCCAGGCUGACACCCUCAGAUCCAGAGCUCCAGUUGGUUCCAGGCUGACACCCUCAGAUCCAGAGCUCCAGCUGGUUCCAGGCUGACACCCUCAGAUCCAGAGCUCCAGCUGGUUCCAGGCUGACACCCUCAGAUCCAGAGCUCCAGCUGGUUCCAGGCUGACACCCUCAGAUCCAGAGCUCCAGCUGGUUCCAGGCUGACACCCUCAGAUCCAGAGCUCCAGUUGGUUCCAGGCUGACACCCUCAGAUCCAGAGCUCCAGCUGGUUCCAGGCUGACACCCACUGCUCAGUCCCAUGGCUUCAGUCAUGACACGCCAGACCAGCCAAACUUAACCAAGCAGCUACAUUUGCAUUAUUUCAACCUCAUAUAAACCUCCUUAGCCACCACUAAGCCUCUGCUUUGAUACCUGUCAGUAGAUUUCCCACCUUUAAAGUCACCUUGUCGUGAAGCAGACGUACUAUAGUGGUAUACUCUGUCAGUUAGCCAGUGUUGCAGCAACACUAGCCUGGAUUCCAGUCUGUUUAUGCCCUCUUACCAACUCCUUAUAGAAUUGUCAUGGCUUGGGAGUUGGAAAGAGCACAACCAGAUCUGGGAUCAGGCUAAUGACACACAGGGACAAAUCAAACUGCAAAUGAUUAUCUGUAAGGGUGUUGUCUCCUGUGCAAACCUUAUUCCAAGAUGCACAGCCAGGGGUGGGUAGAAAUUAUUACUCUGGCUGUGGCGUUUUGGUUGAGGCCCCAUUAAGGAAGUCCUAUUGAAGUCAUAGGGAGAUCUGCUACGACAUGUUCUGGCUGUGGUGGGAUCCAGCUUUGUCUUUCAGAUACUGUUUUAUUCCAUUGAUUAUGUUUCUAAGGCAAGUUAACCACUGUGAAGACUCUUCAGGGUUACUGAUGAGGUAACGAACCCAGAAAAACACAGACCACAAUGUUGGCGCGGCUUCAAACAGGAAGUGGGCAGAACCUCUGUCUUGUUGUGAAUGUAUACAUGACCACUGCUCAACACUCACCAUGUGCUAUCUAUCUUUUCUAUUUCUUCGGAGGGGGGCACCAUUAGACUGGACAUGCCACAGCCUCACACUACAACGACCAUUCUUCUUGCACUCAUCCUUCUUCAACGAACUCUGUGAUGCAUCUUAUUAAAAAAUGGACAUGUUUUUCUAUUUCUGCAUUUAGUUUGACCACUGAUGUGAAGGGACAGCGAGUGACUGACAUGCCAUCUACAGAACAAGCAUGCAGAGAUGACCAGAUAUAACUGAGCAGUCCAGUCCAUUCACUGCCUAUUCUUUUUGUUCUGCAAUAGAGUACAGGGUUGGGCUCAGUUUCAUUUCAAUUCAGUCAAGUCUGGAAGUAAACUGAAAUUACAAUUCUCCUCAUUGAAAAGCAUUGAGGAACAUUUUAAUUGAAGUUUGGAAUUGGAAUUUCAGUCCUAAGUUGGCUGAAUUGUAAUGGUACUCAACCCUGAAUAGAAGUACUACAUCAGCACUGUAAUCUCCCAUUGUCAUUCUUCGAAAUGACAAUAUAAUAAUGAUAUUGUAUUCCUCUGGAAUUAUUGCUAGACAUAACUGUAAACCUUUGUAAGGAAUGAAGCUGACUUUUACACUGAACUAAUAAAUGCAACAUAUGAUUAUCACAUCUGAAGAAGAACACAGCGUGGUUGGAUUACAUGAUGACGCCGUGUGUUAGAUCAGUUAGUUCUUCAACAAGUGUCAUCACAUGUACUAUAUACAAAUGUUCUUUUUGAAAACAUUUAUUUGUUUACUGGAUUAGUAUAAAAUAUGUAUCUCACA